AACAGUCUCCGAGCUGCUGCGGCGUGAAGGCAGUGGAAGAGUGGAGGAGGUGAAAGUGGUUCAACAGGGGCUCUGCUUUGAGAGAAACGCCUUUUCUUUAUUUUCUUUCUUUAAUUAUGAAAAUAAGACAAAGGUGUUCAGACUAAUUGUAAAGUUAGAGAGGAAGUGGGUGAGGUCUGCGUAAAGGCUGGAGACAGAAGCACACAGAAUCGUGUCCACUUGGAUUUAUCAGAGAGGAGGGUGUUUUUUUAUCACAGCCCCUUCUGGAAAUGAGCGAAUACGAGGGGAGGAGAAGGACAUUGACUUAAGAGGAAGAAUGAUAUUCACAGGGAACACGCUGCUUACUGAUUUUACUGUUUUCUUUUAGGGAUUCAGUUAUUAUACUUUGAAAAAAUAUCUAUUUUUCUGCCACCUGUACUGUUUUUUAUUUUAACCCUAACUUAACUGAAUAGUUUUUAAACUUUCGGAUAUAUUAUGGGAUAUAAAUGUCUCUUUCGCUAUAAUUAUUUAUAAACCACUUGUACAGUUAACCCUUUUCAGAUCGAAUUUGUUAAUACUGGGACUUAAACAUGGCUAUCAACACGGAUACCGACUUUCUGAAGUCUAACCUGGGAGAGGGAGGAGGAGGCACCCAGCCAGCAGACUCCCACGAGACGGAGAAACUCCUCGCACUGACCACCGAGCCAGGGGGGAACGGGAUGAAGAUGUCCACCUCCUUCACCGUCAACAUGGACCCCGACCGGGGCCUGGAGGCCGACCAGAACGGCCACAGCGUGGCGGUGAGGUCGGGCUCUGCCGGGCACCUUGCCGCCUCCGCCCCCCUGUCUCCCUCCAAGGCCAGCCUGAGCCGCUCCUCCACCGGGAACGCCGGGGUGCAGGAGACCCCCAAACCCAAGGAUUACCUCAUCCUGGUCAUCAUGUCCUGCUUCUGCCCUGUGUGGCCAAUCAACAUCGUGGCUCUGGUCUACUCCAUUAUGUCUAGAAACAGUCUCCAGGUGGGCGACAUCGAUGGGGCCCGGAGGCUGGGGCGACUGGCUCGCCUCCUCAGUAUCGUCUCCAUCGUGCUGGGCAUCGUUGUCAUCGUAGUCUACGUCUCAGUGGAAGUAAGACGGAGAACCUGAGAAAAUGAAAGCCAAACCACGGAGGCAGCACAGAGGAAAUAGGCCCAUUCUACUAAUAUAAAAAACACAAGUACAAGUCCUUAUUUUAUGGCCACCCUCAGAAUGCAAAAAAAAAAUUAGGAAACUCAUGAAAGCAGGCAAGUUAACAAAAGAAAAAUCAUUCAGAGAUGCAUGCAUUAGAAUCCAGUUACAAUUGCUUGAUGAAAAACCUGAUGUAGAAUUGUUCAGGUUAAAACAGAGGAAAAGAAAAACGCAGGUUUGAAUGUGAUCAGGAGGACUCACAAACGUCUCUCUUUGGACUUCUUGAAAAGAAGAGGACCGGAGGAAAGAGUGAAAAAAAAGACAUUUUCUUUGUCUGGGGAGAAGCUGCUUUGAAAAAACAGAUUCUGGGUUUGGACUUAAACCUUGGGAGAGCUGCAUAUAAUCCUCAUAUAUUCCCUACUGAACCUCUUGCAUUCAAAGUAUAUACAGCUACAAAUAGGCCUAUAUUUGAAACAUGGAUACAUGAAUAUAAACAUAGAUGUACAUUUUAUAAAAUGUUUGUAUGCAAAGUGUUGCUGGGUUUGUUCAGACUGUCACAAUGGCUGCUCUGUCAGAGUUGGAGGAAAUUCAAAGGAUGUGUGAAAGGGGCAGGAAACACGUUUUUAAUUUUAUUAUGAUUUUUUAAUCUAAAAAAAAUGGAGACCAACUGCAUGCCUGAAUGUAGUUAACCAAACUUCUGCCUUCCUUCAUUUUGACUGUUAUGAGUUGUGUCUUUCCUUAAUGAGGAGUCAGAGAUGCUCACAGGUUCAAGUACAUGGCAGAGAGAUGACUGUACAUUAUGUUAGUCCAGCCACUGUUGAAUGUGUAAAGACUGUGGUCCAACACCCGCUAUAUGUCUCUCUCUAGCCUUGCCUUCUUCUCUAUGCAUGCCAAACCUUUUAUCAUCAUUUAAUUCCUUCUUUAACUUUCACCUAACCCCAUAAAAAAAAAAACGUGAUUUUUUUGUCUACUGUCCUCUCUUUUCUUAUCUGUCUCAUCAACCUGUACCCUUAAACUUCUGUCCUCUGUACCAUUUCUACCCUACAACUCCUCAUUUUCAAUCACCAAUUUAACAUUCUUAUACUGACUGUUCAAUUCAAUCGCUACACUGAAUGUUUCUCCCUCUUGUAUUGGUAUGAAAUGUAUUUAUAUGGCAAAUAUAUACACAUAUAUGCAAUAUUUACGCAUGCUGUGGGUCAAACAGGCCCAAUACACUUUUUUUUUGUAAAUUAACAGGCCUGAGUUCCACUAAGUAACAACAAAGAGCAUCUGAUUUUUUUUUUCAAAAUAAAAGCACGACAGAUUGUCUGUAUUCAUCACUUUAUCAAAGAGUAGUCACAGUUUUAAAUGACCUGUGAUGACACAGGACUGUUAUAUUACAGGCGUAUGCUACAAGCACAGGUUACAUCACUGUAAGACCAUGUGGCAUUUUUUUUCUUGUCUGAUGAGUUGUUUAAAAUAAGCCAGCUAUCCAAGUGAUAAAAAGAGAAGCCAUUUGUCUACUUUUUAUUUACUUUGGAAAAGGGCUCAUAGAGUAAAAUGAAUCAUCUUCGAAGUACAUGUGAUGACAUUUUUAAGACUAUGCACCAAAUGUGACACCGCCAAGUCCUGUAAGGCUGAUCGUCUGCAAUCCUGUGUUGUACCAAAACUAUAACCACAAUGGCUGUUAUCAGAUUCAUUCCAGUUUAUAGCUGUACAUAAAAACUGCAUUCUCGUUCCAAACAUCUGAAAGCAGCAAAAUCCAAAGAAUCCUUCGAUUCCGAAAGACACACACUGCUCUAGGAUUACUCUCCAACAUACAAGCUCCAAGUUUUCAUCACUGAAAAUGUUGCUGAGAAGUCAACUGCCUAGCCUCCAAGCUUUGCUCUGUCUGUACAACAGCAUAAACCUUCAUUUCAUUCCUAUUUAUUGAUGUGUUUCUUUUCCAGUAUACUGUAUGUGACAGUUUUCAUCUCUGUGGUGUACUUUUUGCAUGUCUGGAAUAAAUGUUACCAUGCAUGGUCCA